AGCAUGAGAAGACAUAACUGAGUGGACAUUACUCCGGACCUCUGCACAGCUGAUGACCAUCGCAGAAGGACUCUGAUUUUCUGAACAUUUCUACAUAAAGACAGCUUUACUCGGCACUAUGACCAGAAAGGUUUUCACCAACACAAGGGAGCGCUGGCGCCAACACAACGUCAACACUGCCUUUGCAGAGCUCCGCAAGCUCAUCCCCACCCACCCUCCAGAGAAGAAGCUCAGCAAGAACGAGAUCCUGCGUCUGGCCAUGCGCUACAUCAACUUCCUUGUGCAGCUGCUGGAGAGCCAGAGCGGCCAGCCAGCCAGUCAUUCUCCAACAGCUCUGCUCACCUUUCUCAGAGGAAACAUGGAGCAACUGCACUCCCCUCCUAACGCCUGGGCCAUUACCAGUGACACUGAAGUGCCAUCACCUGGGUCCAGCUGUGACAGCUCUGAGGCCUGGUAG